AUCGGUCAUAUCAGUGUUUUGAUUAUCCAUAUAUCCAGCGAGGCCUAGCCACAUCACGUAUACACGUGAGAAAUUGUCCGUUUGUUCUUUUUCGAAGAACUUCCUGAACUGGUGCACAUUAGUGCAAUAAGUUAGAGUGAGACAAAUAUAUUUCAUUUCACUCUAUUCACUUAUUACAUCAAUGUGCACCAGUUCAGAAAGUCUUCGAAAAAGGACGGAUGGUCUCUUCGUACUCUUCGCGCGCGAACAGUUACUGACCUGCUGGCGAUAAAAACACAAAAUAUAAACACGCUUUUUUUCCCCCGAAAUUCGGUAGAUACAAGAAAUCGUUGACCUUCGAAGCGAUUAUUAUCCCUGCUGGAUGCGUGACGUGCGAAAAAUUGGUGUAUCUCACGUUAUUACAAGUACAGUUCGCUCGGUUCGCUGUAUCGUUCUGUAUUUCGUGCCUAUCAUCCUUAUCACUUGUAGCCGUAGGAGAAGACAACUGGGCAUAAUUGUUUCAUUUCGAACGGAGAUUAACGCAGAUCACAGAACAUUCUUGGAGGGCUACGAUAAUCACGUGUCCUAGCAGAGAUUGCGGUAGCUUAGUAUAAACUUGUCCAAGUUUUUCGCUCGAAAUCAUGGAUAACCGUCCGGUAGUCUUUCACGUGACCGACACGAUCCAAGCCUGGCUAAAAUUCUUGGAAGUGUACAUUAAUGAGCCAGCAGUACACAAAAGUGUGCGACAAAUAACUUAUUUGGCAGAAAUGAUAACGGGAGACAAUAAAGUAGCUUGGUUAUUAAAGGCAAUAAGUUUUAUUGACUUAACUUCUUUGAGUCAUGACGAUACGAGCAGCACUGUUGAAGAAUUGUGCAAAAAUGCUGUAAAACCCAUAGAAAAGCUACCAUUUGCAUGGAAUAAUCCGCUUCACACAGCUGCUGUUUGUGUUUAUCCGUCCAAAGUAAAAGAUGCAGUAUCUGCCUUGAAAAAAUUUAAGAAUAAGGAAGAUGCAGUCAAGAUUGCUAGCGUGGCAGCAGGAUUUCCUUCUGGACAAUAUCCAUUAGAGACUCGAUUGCAGGAAGUGCGCUAUGCCAUAGAAUACGGAGCGCAGGAAAUAGAUGUUGUGAUCGACCGAUCAUUAGUUAUAAAUCAUGAAUGGGUACAGCUGUAUAAUGAGCUGGAAGCUAUUCGUUCAGCUUGCAAUGAAACUUACGAUAAAGCUUCUGAUAAAGCUUCUGAUGAAAAUAAGAAGAAAGAACAAAUAUGUUUGAAGGUUAUAAUAUCAUCAGGGGAAUUAUUUAAUUUGAGAGAUGUGUACAAAGCGUCGAUGGUAGCUCUGUUUGCUGGCGCUGAUUUCAUCAAGACAUCUACAGGGAAAGAUACAGUUAAUGCGACAUUGCCAAUGGGCAUUGUUAUGUGCAGAGCGAUAAAAGAGUUCGAAAGACUGGCCGGAAAAAAGAUGGGCUUUAAACCUGCCGGAGGCAUUAAGACUGCGCAAGAGGCUUUACAAUGGAUGGUCUUGGUUAAGGAAGAAUUGGGAAAAGAUUGGUUGACACGUGAUCGUUUUAGGAUUGGUGCAUCCACCUUAUUGCAUGACAUUUGUAGUGAAAUUGUUAAAACGUAUGAAGACAGUAAAGCUCAAUCCGUAGAUGUCAGUGAAGAAAAGGUAUUUAAAAGCGAAGAAAAAAAAGAUGAAAGAAAAAAGAAAUGAAGAGGACUUUCAGAUAUUUAAAUCUGGUGGAAACAGUGAUAUUUUUGUACCGUUUAUAUAUAUCCGCAAUUUUAAGAAUAGUCUGUUUUUGUUUCGACAAAUUUAAAUAAAUUUUAUUUCAAGAUGC